AUAUCACCACCAGAUACAGCUUUCUUGCUCCUGCCUUAGCGCCCCCUUCCCCGUCUCCCUGCUCGUCUGCUCGUCGUCGUUCUUACUCGUGCGCACCACAUUUGAAGUCUCUGUCGCGUCUUGUAAUAGGAGUCACUUCGCCCAUACUAUCGUCAAAGCCUCGGCGCAAACCCAAGCAACUUGCUUAACGAAGUGGAUGUGCCGAGCAUCUCUCCGCGCGACAUCUCAUUCUCCCUUCGCCUCGCCGAGGAGCAGCGAGCAGCACAAUCCCCGUGCGAGCGUCAUCUGUAUCAACCGAGGCCCUUCGCGCAUCCUAACAACGGGUUGGAUUCUCCUUGCGACACUGCGUGCGACAUUGGAUUCUCCUUGCGACACCGCGUGCGACAUUGGAUUCUUCGUGCGACACCGCGUGCAACAUUGGAUUCUCAUUGCGACACCGCGUGCGACAUUGGAUUCUCCUUGCGACACCGCGUGCGACAUUGGAUUCUCCUUGCGACACCGCGUGCGACAUUGGAUUCUCCUUGCGACACCGCGUGCGACAUUGGAUUCUCCUUGCGACACCGCGUGCGACAUUGGAUUCUCCUUGCGACACCGCGUGCGACAUCGGAUUCUCCUUCGCCGAGGGGUCACUUUGCGAAAAUGGCAGCAGCAGCAGCAGCAGCGAUGUCGCAUUGCCAUCGUCGUCGUCCGCUCUGCGAUUCCCGCCUGUCGCUUCUCGCCGUGUUGCUGGUCGUGCUGGCAGUGGCAGGCGUGACCACCGCUGUUCGCCUGCCUACUAGUACCAACCCCUGUGAUUCGGACCCCUGUGGGCCCAACGCCACGGAAUGCACGGGCCUUGGUGCCUCGUCGUGGAACUGCACGUGUGCUGCCGGCACUGAGCUGGUGGGCGCGCAGGAGGGGCAGCCGUACUGCAUGUCGCCCGGUAACUGCGAUGAUGGCACACGGGACGGCCCCUGUGGCGUGUGGGGGGAGUGCACGGAGACAGCCACGGGGUACAACUGCACGUGUGAUCCCACGGCCAUUCUCGUCAGUCCCUUCAAGAAUGGCUCUCAGACGUGCAUCCUUGACCCCUGUGAUUCGCACCCCUGUGGCCCCAACGCCACGUCGUGCACGCCAGCUGGUUUCUCGUACAACUGCACGUGCGCUGCCGGUGCCGUGCUGGUGGGCGUGCAGGAGGACUCGCAGUUCUGCAAGCCGCCUG